GUCGCGAAGCGGCUGCGGCGGCGCUUCCUGAUUGGUCGCUGGGGGGGCCGGGGGGCGGGCCCGGCGGAGCGGCAGGCUGCGUUUCGGUGGCGGAGCUGUGCUGCGUCGAGGAUGGGGCCGUGAGGCGGCGACGAGCAGGCCUUCUGCUCUGGAUUUGGUUCUUCACAAUAUGAAAACUGAAUCGUUUCACAAAGUGUGCACCUCCCAGUAGAAUUUUUCAAGAUCAGUAGCUGUAUAUCAACAGCUUGCUUUUUUUUUCUUGAAAACUUCUGUGCAACUUCUGACGUUGCAAUCACAAUGAGUUCAGGGUUAUGGAAUCAAGAAAAAGGAAGUUCGUCCUAUUGGGAAGAGCGCAUCUUCUACUUGCUUCUCCAAGAAUGCAGUGUCAUAGACAAACAGACUCAGAAACUACUGAAGGUGCCCAAAGGCAGCAUCGGGCAGUUUUUCCAAGACCGUUCUUCCUUGGGACACUCCAGAAAUAUUCCUUGUAAAGGCAAGAAACUACAGAUUGGAUUAAAGAUUCUGGAACAACCUCAUGCAAUUCUGUUUGUGGAUGAGAAGGAUGUUAUUGAAAUAAAUGAAAAGCUAGCUGAACUGCUUUUGGCAAUUACUAACUGCGAGGAAAGGUACAGCUUGUUUAAAAGCAAAAGCAGGCUAACUAAGGGCAUCCAAAUAGAUAUCGGCUCACCUGUUAGAGUACAGCUUAGGUCGGGAGAAGAGAAAUUUCCUGGAGUUGUUCGUUUCAGAGGACCCUUGUUGCAGGAAAGGUCCCUGACAGGGAUAUACUUUGGAGUAGAGCUGCUGGAAGAAGGUCGUGGCCAGGGCUUUACUGAUGGACAGUACCAAGGCAAGCAGCUUUUCAGAUGUGAUGAGGAUUGUGGGGUUUUUGUUGCUUUGGACAAACUGGAGCUGGUGGAAGAAGAUGACAAUGAACUGGAAAGUGACUAUGCAGCUCCAGUUGACGCAAUGCAGGUAGAACUUCCUCCUCUGGAGAUCAACUCCAGGGUUUCUCUGAAGAUAGGAGAGAGUAUAGAGUAUGGGACAGUUAUAUUCUGUGAUGUCUUACCAGGAAACGAAAGUUUAGGAUACGUUGUUGGAGUGGACAUGGAUAAUCCUAUUGGAAACUGGGAUGGAAGAUACAAUGGCAUACAGCUAUGCAGUUUUGCAAGUGUUGAAAGUACCCUUCUUUUGCAUAUCAAUGAUGUAAUACCAGAGACUGUGUCCCAAGACAGGAGGCCUCCCAAGCUUGCCUAUACUGCAAGAGGUGGUGGUGAUAAAAGUUUGUUCAACCAUAGUAAGCCAAAGGCGACAGGAUCUACCUCCGAGCCUGGAAAUAGAAACAGAUCUGAAGUCUUCUACACAUUAAAUGGCUCAUCAGUUGACUCUCAACCUCAAGCAAAAACAAAACCCCCAUGGUAUAUCGAUGAAGUUGCUGAAGACCCUGCAAAAUCUCUUACUGAUUCAUCUCCUGGAUUUGGGCAUUCUUCACCACCGCUGCAGCCACCUCUAACAAACUCUGUGACUACAGAAAACAGAUUCCACUCCCUCCCUUUUAGUUUGACAAAAGCAUCAAGUACUAACGGUGCUAUUGGACACAGUCCUCUGUCUUUAUCUGUUCAGUCAGUCAUCGGUGAUGUAAAUACUACAGCUAACCAGGAAAGUCCAUCAACAGGAGGCCCUGUUGGUAACUCGCAUGGUCUUGAAGCAGGUUCCUUGGCUGAAGUUAAAGAAAAUCCCCCUUUCUAUGGAGUAAUCCGCUGGAUAGGCCAGCCCCCUGGGGUAAAUGAAGUGUUAGCUGGACUGGAACUGGAAGACGAAUGUGCAGGUUGUACAGAUGGAACAUUUAAAGGAACUCGAUACUUCACUUGUGCUCCAAAGAAAGCCCUUUUUGUUAAACUGAAAAGCUGCAGACCAGAUUCCAGGUUUGCAUCCCUACAGCCGGUCUCCAAUCAGAUCGAACGCUGCAACUCUCUAGCCUUUGGAGGUUACUUAAGUGAAGUGGUAGAAGAAAACACUCCUCCAAAAAUGGAAAAAGAAGGUUUAGAGACAAUGAUUGGAAAGAAGAAAGGUAUCCAGGGUCAUUACAACUCCUGUUACUUAGACUCCACCUUAUUCUGCCUGUUUUCGUUUAGCUCUGUUUUGGACACUGUGUUACUCAGACCUAAAGAAAAGAAUGAUGUAGAGUAUUAUAGUGAGACUCAAGAGCUAUUGCGAACAGAGAUUGUGAAUCCUCUUAGAAUAUACGGAUAUGUAUGUGCUACAAAAAUAAUGAAACUGAGGAAAAUACUUGAAAAAGUUGAGGCUGCAUCAGGAUUCACUUCAGAGGAAAAAGAUCCAGAAGAAUUUUUAAAUAUUUUAUUUCACCAUAUUCUAAGAGUUGAGCCACUGCUGAAAAUAAGAUCAGCAGGUCAGAAAGUACAAGACUGUUACUUCUAUCAAAUUUUUAUGGACAAAAAUGAGAAAGUUGGAGUCCCAACAAUUCAGCAGUUACUGGAGUGGUCAUUCAUCAACAGCAACUUGAAGUUUGCAGAGGCACCUUCUUGCCUGAUUAUUCAGAUGCCUCGAUUUGGAAAAGACUUCAAAAUGUUCAACAAAAUUUUUCCAUCCUUGGAGCUAAAUAUAACAGAUCUUCUUGAAGACACUCCUAGGCAGUGCCGUAUUUGUGGAGGGCUUGCUAUGUAUGAGUGCAGAGAAUGUUAUGAAGAUACUGACAUUUCGGCUGGGAAAAUCAAGCAGUUCUGCAAAACCUGCAAUACACAAGUUCAUCUUCAUCCUAGGAGACAGAGUCAUAAAUUCAAUCCAUUGUCACUCCCUAAAGAUCUGCCAGACUGGGAUUGGCGACAUGGCUGUAUCCCAUACCAGAAGAUGGAGUUGUUUGCUGUCCUCUGCAUAGAAACAAGCCACUAUGUAGCUUUUGUUAAGUAUGGGAGAGAUGACUCCGCCUGGCUUUUCUUUGACAGCAUGGCAGAUCGGGAUGGAGGUCAGAAUGGCUUUAACAUUCCACAAGUUACCCCAUGUCCAGAAGUUGGUGAAUACCUGAAGAUGUCUGUAGAAGAACUGCACUCACUGGAUUCCAGAAAAAUUCAAGGUUGUGCACGAAGACUGCUUUGUGAUGCUUACAUGUGCAUGUAUCAAAGUCCGACAAUGAGUUUAUACAAAUGAACAGUGGCCUCUGGAAAACUGAAGAAACAAUACAGAGAUUUCUACUGUUGCGUUUUCUGCUUUUUUUUGUUAGUUUUGAUGCAACCGUUGCUGGCGAUGGAUGCGAUGACGAGGAAGAAGACUCUGAGAACAAAAGGAUUGCUGUUCCAAAAACUACAGGUGGAGUUCUGAUGGAAGUAUUUAAGCAUUUUGCACUCUAGGAAGUGUGCUUGUGUGUGUUUGUUUUAUAAACAAAGUCUAAAUGAAGAUACUAAAACUUAAAGCUUUAAGUGCAUUCAUUAUAGAUGGACAUUAAAAAAAAAAUACGGAGUUAUUAUCAGGAGAAACCUCCUUAGUCCAUUGAGAAUGUAAGAUGUGGUGUUACUGCUUCUAUGGACCAAGGAUAGUUGUUGUUUCUCUCCCCCUCAGCGCUGCCUUUUUAGCACCAUCAAUUCUUCAAGAGAAUAACUUCAGUUUUAAUAAGAUAACUGUUAAACUGUUCAUUGCGUAUUAAUGCUGUCCUGUUAGCCGUCUACUACUGCAUUCUUUUCAGUUCGUACACUUACUUACAUCUUCAAAAAAUCAAUGUCCAUUUAAAUAUCUCAGUUCCUGUCCUAUGAAAGUCAAGCACACUGAUUUGCUAUUUGGGAAGUCAGCAUUUUUGGAGAGGAGAAGAGGGUAGUCAGGGGAAGGCUAACUGCUUACACAAAACUAGCAAGGCAAGGUUACGUAUCUUUUUCUAACUACAUUUGUAAAGAAAGCAGACUGGAACAGAUCAUCAACUAUAUACAGAUGAGUGGAGGACAAAAUAAAAUAAGGAUUGCCUCAGGGAAUGGUAUUGAAAUGAACUCAAGUUCUUGGUGAAACAAAACUGACUUCUAUACAAUACAUUAAGCUACUACCUAGGAAUAUAUCUCACAUCUGGCUCUUGAUGUCAGGAUUAGCAAUGAAUAUUCAAAAUCUCUGCUGAGAAAAAUGAAACCAGGAAUAAAAGGAGAUCGGAGUUGCACAACAUACCAAGUACUUAACGAAAACUAAUUUGAAAAGCUGCAAAACUUACUUGUAUUGUGUAAAAUACACUUGGAAGUCCAUUGGUUCCUGUUUGCAAUGAAAUGUUUUUGGUUUUUUUGUUGCUUCUAAGCUACUACUGUAGCUAAAUGCUAUAUAUAUGUGUACACAGUGAAAUCUGGUUGUACAAAGGAGUUAUAUGAGUUGCAUAUAUAUAUGAGCUGUACAUUUUCAACUUAAGAUGUUUUAUAUGGAAAACUUCCUCCUUGGGAUCAAGUCUGUAGAGACAACGUAACAGGAAAAGCUGCUUUAUCCGCUGUUUUAAAGAGGAUGGAGAAUGAUCCUGUGUUGUAGAAAAUGUUACUUUGUGCUUCUUGAACAAAAAUCUCCAUGGGGGAUGUGCUCUACCAUGGGGUUGUGCUAGAGCAAGGUACGGAAGUGCUCGAAGGCCUCAUCUGUCAGCUCUGUAAAGAACAAAGGUGGGCUGAGAGCACUGCUCUGUUCCCCAGGCUGCUGCAUGAAGUAAGUGUGGUCUGAGCUUGCACUCUCAAGAGCAAGGAAGUUUUUUUUGUUACCGCUGCUUUUGCCUCUAAUAAUCUCCUGGCUUCCAAGGCCCCUUGCCUUAUUUAUCUCAUCUGUGCUCUGUGGUAAGAUGCUGAUUCUCUAGUUUCAGUACUACUGUGAGUUCUUAAACUCCUUUUCUCCUGAAAAAUUCCUCUAAGGCUUUAUUUACCUGUGGACUUCUGUCAACAGCUGUCAGUGGUGGGGUCUGUUUGUCAGCCAUGGUUCUUCCUGGGCUCUGGGGCAACAGCUGCAAGUUCUCAGAUAUGUUGACAAGAUGCCACAGAAGCAGUAGGUAGGGACUGUAAGGUAACAGAGACAAGGCAGCUGAUACUUACGUUACAAUGCGAGCACAAGGCGUGAUACCCCAUCCUGUGGCUCAGUAUGGAAGUCAGCCACAGCCUCGGAGAACCACAGCUAACCGAAGGUGAAAGUUCUUAAAGUAAAGUAGUACUUACUUCACAGUGCUUCUGAACAAGAACCAAAUAAAGGCUUUACAAAAUGAACAAGCAUAAACUCCAAAAAUGAGACCAAUGUGAAUGUCUAGAUUUCUUCUCCCUAGAUUUACUUUCUAGUUUUCCUUAUGCUUUAUCUUUCAUAGGGCAUACAUAGUAAGGCUACUCUUGUGCUAUCUCCCCACGUGUGUGUACCACACUGCUGAAGGUCUGGGUAAGCCUUCCAUCUUCUGCCUGAGUUCAAAGAACAACUUGGAGCUGCUGUGGCAGAGGGAAGACUUGGGCCUGGCAAACAUUAAUUUUUUUUCUUGAUAAUGAUCCUGUAGCAAAUUCAAAUGAUCCUUUUUCUUGCUUCCCCCCACCCCCCCGAAUAUUUUAACAACAGGACUGAGUUGAAGUAGAUGGGUGUGGACAGAUGAACUGCUUGGCUUCCGGGCUGCAGUUUUUCUCAUCUGCCUGCUCUAUGGUAAUCUAGCAAUGUAAAUGAGUUGUCAUAGAAACGAACUUUGGUUUCCUAUCUCAGGAAGGAUUACACAGCAAACUGAUUUCACUGCAAAAGGAAACUUGUAAAAUAAGUUACAGAAUUCAGCAUGUGUCGAAGGGGGAUUGAAUAAACUAAUCUGGGGAGAGCCUGCAUUUAAUACAUGCAUUUCUGGUAAAUGUAGUGCCCCAAAUGUAGUGACUGAGCAGCCAACUUUGAUGUAUGUCAUGUACUGGGGAAUGUCCCAGUUUUUUUUUUUUAAUAUGGAGGAUGCACCCAUAAAUUAAUAGCAUGCACUCAGAUGACUGCUUCAUGUCUCACCUCUCAAAUCUGGCUAAAAAUGGCCUUAAUGGAUGAGUAGGAAAGCAUACAUGGCCAUGCAUACAUACAAGAUACUGUUCCUAACGCCCUGCCAACAAUUAUUCAAGUAAAGCUGGAAAAAAAGACCUAGUGCUUACCAAUAAAAAAACCCAAACCCCAACACACUGUGGGCUACAUCAGAACACUGGUGUCUUUUGGUAACUGGAGGAAAAAAACUGCAAAAUCAUCUAUCUUCAGUUAAAGGGUUUUUUUUUUUUAAUAUGUAUGUGUUACUGGCUCUGCUCUUGAAAAUGUAGUACUGUGUUUUACUAAAUAGCUUGAGCGAUUGCUAUUUUAAGCAAGUACUACGUGUAACAGGAGUUACUCAUACAAAUGGUUGGUUCAUUUCAAUGCACUUAUUUUUCUUGUGCACUUUAUACUCCACUGAAUAGAUUAACCUGGUCACCACGCUCCCUAGUGCCAGCCUGUACGAUAUGAAGCUGGGGCAUGGUUUGCUGCAGAUUGCAACUUGGUGGUUUCGGAACCGAGUUGGUGUAAAAAGCAGCUUGAAAGCUUUGUGUAUUUUUACCACUGUAACAAAGCAUGUUCUCUCUGUUCUUGAUGUUUUGCUAAAUAAACAUCUCAUGUUUCGUGCACAAA